AUGCCUCUUUCCACAGGAGCCAAGCGGUCGGCGUCUUCCCCUUCUUCGUCUUCUUUUUCGUCUUCUUCGUUUUCUGCUUCUUCUCGCUCUUCGUCGGCGUCUUGGGCGUCCCGUCCUUCGUCUUUUUUCUGCUCGUCACCGCCCUCGGCCUUCACCGUCUGGUCCGCGCUGGUCGAGAGCGGGAAGCGCCGAAGCAAAGGCAGUGAGGGAGUUGCGGAGAAGGAAGAGACAGGAAGAGAAGGAAACCUCGAUGAAUCGGGCAGGGUGUGGAGACACCCAAAGCGACGAGAAGAUUCACCCAAACGGUCGCCUCCAGUCGCGCCGGCGUUUCAAGACCCAGACUCCCUUUCUCCACAGCCGAGUUCGCCAACAUUUGGUCGCAGAGAAGAACGCACACCGGAGGCGUUUGAAUCCCGGCGAAACCCGAACGCCCUUGGGGAUUCCAUGGCGUCAUCCUGCAUUCCUGAACCGUCUCCGUUCUGGUGUGCUUCCACGAUGGACGGUUUAACUAGCCAGAUGUUUGCAACCGCCUUGCCUUCUGCCACCACUGUUCCCCUCAACGCCUCUUCGUUUCCCCCAGACACCGAUAUGCCGUCUCGCCCUCAGCUGUCUUCUUUGGCGUCGGCAACCCACUCUGCGGCCCCGCCCCCCUCUCAUUUCCUUUCUUCUUCCUCUGCGCCUGCGUCUGCUUCCACCUUUCGUCCGUCGCUUUCUUCUUUUUCUUUGCGUCUCGACCUUCCCGCCGCCUCGCCCGGGUCGGGCCCGACCCCUGUCUGCGAGGAGCCGUCAUCGCUGGCGUUCUUCUCGCCGUCUUUUCUCUCUUCCCCCUCUGCGCGCCAAGAAGAGGCAGACCACACUGAACCGGGAGAAUUCGCUGCGUGGCAUUCUCCUCUGUCAUCGCCUGGCCUCCCGGCCUCGAAGGGAGUCACCCCGUGGCGAGGCGAAGCUGGCGAGGCGGUUGACACGCGGGCGUCUGAUCAGCAAACGCACAAAGAGACGAACUCUUCCUCGCCAUCGGCCUUGCCUUCGCCUUCGUUGGAGACUGGUGCCGUUGCUCCGCUGUUGUCGCCGGAGGAAAUCUCCGCAUUUUUUGCCCGAGAGCUGCGACAUCUUCCCAAAGACCCGCGCUUCGCUUGCGCGUUAGAUCGGCCAGUCGAUCCGACUUCUUCUCCUUCCUCACCCGUCUGGCGUCCGUCUUCCUCUCCUCUUUCGAAUUCGUCUUCCUGUCCUGGACCCGUUGCGUCGACAGGGAAAACCGUGUCCUUUGUUUCCUCUGCUUCUGCGGCAGCGACAGAGAGUCGACAGACGAGGAGGCAGCGGGAGAAAAACGAAGGCAGUGGAAGAGGUGGAACCUGCGAAACUCCCGGCACGCUUAAGUUGGAGGCCUGCGGAAAGCGAGAGAACGCCAACGAGCCUUUUCAAGGAGAGCAUACGAGCUGGAGCUCGUCUUCUCUGGCGAGCCCCCUAUCCUCGCCCUCUUCGUCGUUCCUUGAGUUUUUUUCCGAUAUCGAAAUCUGCAGUCAGGAGGAAGCCUCCGACGAGCAGGGACUGACGGCCACCUCGGACGACGCAGAGUGUCUAUACACCCGAAGCGAGGACGCAAAACGCACGUGCAAGCAUCGGGCAUCGCCGCCGAGGAGCUGCGCCUCUCAGGGCACCAGCGAGACCACACUAAGGGUUUCGGGAGAACGCGAGAAAGCUGGGACAACCUCGCGAAUGCAUCCGAGCAGGAAGGCGGGUCGCGAAGCCGCUCCUUCCCCAUGCCACUUGCCCCUGUACAAUGCAGGCGAGACAGAUCAUGGGAACGAGAAACGGAGGCGCAGAGCGCUUCGGUCGCGCAGCUCCGAAGCUAGAAAAACCCCCCCCGAGACGAAGCACAACCAGCACCCGUCUCUCUCUGCAGGCCCAAGCAAAGCAGCUGAGGGUGGAGAAGCAGAAGAGGCACGGGGAGACGAAGUCGGCCGAGAAGCGUCAGAAACAGAAACGGAGGCGAGACCGGAAAGUGCGUCUCGGCCCGAAAGCGCGUCUCGGCUCGAAAGCCUCAGUCGAACACCGUCACGCCAUCAGCAGAAACGGGGACAGGCCACAGCUCGAGAGUUUCGGAGCCCAAACGGAGAUAACGGAGGCGGUCGCCACGGGGCACAACCGAACGGCGCGGAAGCGGCCCAGAGUGGAGACAGCCGACGUUUUACGCGCAGGCAUCGCCCUGCGCGGGAGACUGAAGACGACGUGCGGGGUGAAGUUGGAAACCGGGACAGGACCUUGCCGCCGGGAAAAGCAGAAUGCCCAGACUCCUUCUCUAGCUGCUCGCCUUCGCUUGUGUCCCCUCCUUGCACUUCCUCCCCGCUUACCCGUGGCGAUGUGUUAUCUUCUUCAGCUUCGUCCUGGGCGUCUUCGGGUCUCUCUUGCUCGUGCUCGUUCCCUUCUUCCGUUUCACUGCCAGGACCUCCAGGGCCGGUCUGUGCGGCCUGUUCGCUUCCCUCAUGCUGCCGCACGCUUUCUCUCGUCAACGCGUUGAUCGCCAAGGCGUCUUUUGCCAAUGUCGCCUCUGUGUCUUCCUCGUCUUCGGUCUCCGUCCCCGGCACCGGGGUGUCUGCGCAGGACGCACAGCAACGCGCAGCGACUUGUGCGCUCGCGCCUCUCGCAACUCUCGCUACCGCUGUCGGUCUUCCGCUUGCGGCUCCUGAGCCCUUUCGCGCCUCCAUCACAGAGUGCAAAUCUGCGCAGAAGUAUGCGAAACCGUGUGUCUCGUGUGAAACGACGACAGCUGAAGAAGCCUUCCUCAGUUUCUCUCCAGCUCCGUUGCCACUGACGAGUGCUGCCGUCGCUCCAUCUCCAGCCUCGUCUCCUCGCCCAACGUCGAGCGUUGCCCCUAUCGAGCGCGCGUCGUCUCCGCUCGACGUUUUCUCAGAACCUGCGGGGAUUCCGGUUCCCUCUCUACUGGGCGAAGAACAAAAAUGCGGCUUGGGAGAGAACCAACCGGACGCGUCCCAAAAAGAGACACACUCCUCGGCUGAACCGUUCACGACGGGCCAUGGCGCGUCCUCCUGGACCACGUCGACAGAUCGCUUCUCAUCGGUUUCGACUGCCUCAUCAGAUGCUUGCCUUCUUUACCCUCUUUCCACUUCGCCCUCUCCUUGUCCCUCUGAGUCUGCCUCCGCCUUUUCCUCUCCUCCGUCUUUUACAGCUGUCGCGGCUCCAGCUUCUGUUUCUGCAUCUCCCUCGUUUACGUCUUCUCUUUCUUCCUCUUGCGCUCCUGCGUCGACUUCCAGUUUGUCGGCGGCUGCAUCCUCUGCCGCCUCGUGUUUCCUCAUGGAAGUGGAGAACCUCUUUGGCUGUGCUCCUACGGCGACCGGGGCGAGUCAGGGAAACAACGAGAAACCCGCAACGGGGGAAGGAUUCCAGGAGAAAGACAAGCACGACGGAGAGACGCCGAGUGCUUUCGCUUCCGCUUUGUCUUCUCUCCUGCCUGACGCUUGGACCUCCUGUCGGUGUGCCGCGUCGCCGGGGCGAGGGCCUCCUGACCCCGCCCUGAGCCUCCUCGACGCGCGACGGAGACUCGAACAGAAGCAGAAAGAACUGCAUGCGCUUGGAUGCGGGCUGAUAGAGAUGGCGAGACAGAUCGAGAGCGCGACGCGAGAGAAAGAGAGUGACAAAGAGAGAGGGAAAGAGAGAGAGAAAGAGAGCGACAGAGAGAGAGGGAAAGAGAGAGGGAACGAGAGAGAGCAAGAAGGGCCAAAAGGACGAGCAGAGAGGGGUCGAGCCCUCGAGGAUCUUGGAGAGCCGCUGGAAGGAGAGAACCGUCGGCGGAGAUUUUUGGGGAAGAGCGAGGAAGAAAGAGAGGAGGCGGAAUGGAGCGAAGGAGGGACAGGAGCGGCAGAAGGCAGGAAACGCACAGGCGUUGACGAAAUAGAAAAACGCUGGGGGGAGCACGAGAGGGCGAUGGCGCUAGAGAGAGGCAAACUGAGGAAGGAAGCAGCGAGACUGCAAGCCGAGAGGAAACGGCAGAGACGUGUCCAGGAGUACCAAGCGAAGGCGACGCAGCUUCUGAAGGAGCAAGCGGGGGUUUUGCGGAAGAAAGUUGACGCCAUACGGACGAAAGUGAGGAAACUGUUUCAGAAAGAAAGCAAGCUGAAGCUGCAGACACGGGCAAUGCAGAAGCUCUUCGGCGCUCUCGAAGAUGAGAAACAACGCGGAGAGAGGGUGUACAGACACGUCAUGGCCAUGAAGGAAGGCGUGCGGCGAGAGAACGACGCGUUGCUGCUCGAAAGGUCCGUCGUCGCAAGAGAGAAGAUGCAAAUUGCCACAGAAAGAGAGGCAAUCCAGCGGGAGAGAGAAGACCUGAGGAGCCAGAAGGCCGACCUCCAGAGGGAGCGAGAAGAAUUGCUGAGAGAAGAAGGAGAACUUGGAAGAAAAGAACUGUCAGUAAGUGCCGCUCGCGAAGACUUGGAGCUGUGGAGUCGGCGCCUGAGGAAAGAGCAGGAAGCAGUCGAGCACGAAACCGCGCGGCUUCGACACGAGCGCAAGGAGCUGGUGAGAGACAAGAGCGAGAGUUCGCAGGCCGAAGAGAGGCCACGCGAAGCGGAAAAAGAAAGAGAAAGAGAAGUGGAAAGAAUGGAACGAGGGGAGUACGAGGCGAGGGAGAGGACGGCAGAGGAGAAGAUGCAAAUGGAGAGAGAAGAGCGAUCCUCUAGGGAAGACGAGAGGCUGUCUCGUCAGAAGGCCCAGCUCGAGGAAGAAAAACAAAAGUUCGAUCGGGAGAAGAAGGAGCUCGACCUUCAGCUUUCCCGCCGAGAGAAGAAGAUAAGCGAGAUGCUCGAGGGCCUGAAGAAUCAGACGCGGGCUUUUCUCCUGUCUCAAGCGAGCCUCGAAAGGGAAAGGCAAACGUUGGAAACGAUGAAAGUCUCCCACGCAGCGGAAAUGAAAAGGUUUGCAAGAAAAAAGAAAGUUCUUUCUCGGCAACAAGAAGCCGUUGAGCGUCAGUGGGAAAGGUGCCGCGGGCUCUUGCGACAGACAGAAGGCGGGGGAAGAGGACUCGCGUGGAGCCGAAAGCGCCAAGAACAAAGCCGUGCACGCGGAAGUGGAGACGAAGAAGACGAAGGCGAUGGAGAAGACACGAAGAGGGGGGACUGCAUCUUUGUUUCGAGUGGAGACACUGACGAGCCCACGACUGCGUCGGGUACGGUGCCCGGACUGUCGCCUGCGUUGUCGCAAUCUCCUUCCCCCCAUUUGUCGGCCACUUCUGCGUCUCCUGCUUUCUCAGCAUCCUUGCCACGUUUUGGGCAAGCGACGCGGAGAGGCAGAGAUCCUGCAAAGGGCGAAGAGAGGAAAAACAGAGAAGACGGGGAAGAGGAGAAGGAUGGUGUGUUGUAUGUGGGCGAGGGCGACGGCGGAGCAGCCGAGGAAGGCACGGGAGGAGACGAGGAAGGGCGAGGAGAGACAAAAGAAGAAAGAAACAUACAGCUGGAAAGAGAGCGACGGGCGUUGAUUUUCUCGUGCAUCAAUCCCGCCUUCCUCGCGAAGGCCGGACGCCCAUCCGAAGCAGAGGCGUGGCGAGGCAUGGAAGAAGAGGGCGAAAGCAGAGAGAAAGAGACGCGCGGCGACAAAGGCCGUGAACUCCUGGGAGACGGAGGCGAACAUGAGACAAUCUGGGAGAGGGAGAUGAAGGAGAAGAGAGAGGCGAGAGAGAAGAUCAGCCGCCUGUUCUCCUUUGGGAAUCCACUGUGUGAAGAAUCUUCCCCGGAGACGACACCCUUUGUUCUUACGGAGGAGGAAGCAAUGACGGGUUGCCGGUCGCCGACACCAACGGACGACAGGGGACGCCUCGUUGACGCUCAUGGCUUCUCAGGCACUCAAGGCGACUUCUCCGGACUGCGGAAGGCGCAGCCGACCCCGAUCCUGCAGCAGACCUGCGAGGACCUCGCGCAGAAACUCCGGAACAAAACCGACGAGCUACGAAAGCUCACCUGUCGCAAGGUAGGCUCGUCCUCUCUGUCCCUCGUCGCCCUCGCCGUUUCCUUCCCUUUCGUCCUCUCGUCCCCGUUUUUUUACCACGAGUGCAGUGGCGCUGCAUUGCGGACCCUGUUCCCCUUUCUCGCAGAAGAACUCGACGGCGCCCGCGAAGCAGCCAGAGACAGGGAGAAAGAAGACAGCGACGGAGACGGCGAGGGAGACACUCGCCAAAACAGCGGCCGAGCGGUCUCUGACGCGCAUGCAACCGAUGCCGAAGAGCUCGCGCGGAGGGAAAGAGAAGAUCAGCAACUCCGCGCAGGCCUCGACAGGCUGCUGGCGAAACAGGACGAUUACCAAGGCCGCGUGGCCCAGGCGGAAGAAAAGGUGAAACGCCUAGAGGCGCAUCAGCUGCAGUUGCUGGAGCGGCUGAAGCAAGCGGAGGUUGCGAAGGAGACGCUGCGGUCGACGUGCGCGUCUCACCAGAUCGCCCACGAGCGCACAAAGACGCUGUUGGCCGCGGCCACUGCAAAGUUGACUGCGCGCAACGCACAACUGGCGAAACUCGGCAAGGCUGAGUCGGCGGCGAUCGAGGCUGCGAGGGAUGCUGAGCUCCGCGCGGCGACUGCAGAACGGAGGGUCGGCGCUGCUGAGGCUGCCUUGGAACGCGCCGCCGUGGCGGCUGCCGCGCGCGAGGCAGAGCGCAUUCGCGACAUGCAGAAGGCCAUGGAUCAAGCGAGAAGCGAGAUUGCGCAGUUGAAAGCAGGCGUUGCCGCUGCCGAGGAAGCGACGCGAAAGUUGCGUGCGGAGCACGACGCGGCACAGACAGCCUGGCGGCGGACCAUGGACGAAAAGGGCGAGGCGGAAAAACGCCUGACAGCUGAGCUGUCGGAGACGCAAGCGCGCCUCGAGAGGCUUCCUGAGACGUGUCGGGCUUCGAAGACGAAAGACGCCACGCAAGCAAAGAGUCGGACCGUCCUUCUGCCGCCUCCCGACUUUUCUUCUCUUCUCGCCGCGGCAGCUGCUUCGCCUGCCUCCUCGCUGGAUCCUGGCGCCGAGUCCAGCUUUCCGCGGAAGGCCAGCGGAACCCCACACCUUCCGGCCUCCAGUGUCUCCUCUGGCGGAGACACCUGGGGCCCGCACCCGCGACCGUCGGCCUUCGCUUCGCGCCUCUGGCCUGCGGGGAGGCCCAACGAGGGCGAGAAGAGAGGAAAACGAAAGAGUGGGGAAGAGACGCCGCUGCGGUCGGCAGGCGUCGAGCGAAGAACGAGCAAAGAGGGGAAAGCAAGUGCCGCUUUUCCCCAGUUUUCUGCCGCAUCUGAUCCUGCGGCUGCGUCGGCACCGUCUUUCAGUGGUUCUCUUCUUCCCGCCUUUGCUGUGGCGGCUUCGUCACAUCCGCCGACCCUGUGCGUGGGGAAGGCGGAAGACGACAAAGGCCCCCGGCGGGCGACCGACCGCGAAGCACAGCGCGACGGAGAGAAGAAGAUCCAAACGUCGGCGCAGAAAACAGAGGAGAGCGCGCGAGUGGAAAAACGCCCAGAACAGCUGAGCGCGAGGAAACGAUUCUCCACGGCAGACCUCCACGCCCUUCUUCAGAGGCGAUAG